AUGUUAGAGGGAGGAGAUGAUUUAGUCACACUCACUGAUACUCUACAGAGACACAUAAACACACAUGUCAAUAAGAUGUUAGAGGGAGGAGAGGAUUUAGUCACACUCAAUGGUACUCUACAGAGACACAUAAACACACUUGUCAAUAAGAUGUUAGAGGGAGGAGAGGAUUUAGUCACACUCAAUUGUACUCUACAGAGACACAUAAACGCACAUGUCAAUAAGAUGUUAGAGGGAGGAGAGGAUUUAGUCACACUCACUGGUACUCUACAGAGACACAUAAACACACAUGUCAAUAAAAUGUUAGAGGGAGGAGAUGAUUUAGUCACAAUCAAUGGUACUCUACAGAGACACAUAAACACAUAUGUCAAUAAGAUCUUAGAGGGAGGAGAUGAUUUAGUCACAAUCAAUGGCACUCUACAGAGACACAUCAACACACAGAUUUGUAAAACACACCAUAAAUGUGAUGUAUGUGCUAGAGAAUUUAGUCAAAGUAAUGACUUAACAAGACACUUGAGAACACAUACUGGUGAAAAACCUUAUAAAUGUGAUGUUAGUUUUAAAGAAUUUAGUCAAAUAAGUCACAUAAAGAGACACAUGAGGACACAUACUGGUGAAAGACCUCAUAAAUGUAAUGUUUGUGCUAGUGAAUUUUCUCGAAGUGGUGACUUAAGGAGACACAUGAGAACACAUACUGGUGAAAGACCUUAUAACUGUGAUGUUUGUGCUAUUGAAUUUUCUCGCAGUGAUGUCUUUAAGGCACACAUGACUACACAUAGAGAUGAACCUCAUGAAUGUGAUUUACCGAUGUUAGAGAGAGGAGAGGAUUUAGUCACAAUCAAUGGUUCUCUACAGAAACACAUAAAAACACAGAUUGGUAAAACACUUCAUAAAUGCGAUGUUUGUGCCAGAGAAUUUAGUCGAAGAUAUAACUUGAAGAGACAAUUGAGAAUACAUACUGGUGAAAAACCUCAUAAAUGUGAUGUUUGUGCUAAGGAAUUUAGUCAAAGUAAUGACUUAAAGAGACACUUAAGAACACAUACUGGCAAAAGACCGCAUAAAUGUGAUGUUUGUUCUAGGGAAUUUAGUAAAGAAGAAGUGUCUUAA